UUAGCGAGCGAGAAGAGGUCAGCAGCAGGGCCCGGAGGAGAGGGCGCUCUCCGGUCUGGGGGCUGCGCUGUGCCGCGCGCUUCCUGCGGGUGCUGUGUGUAGAACUGCCCUCAGACCAGCUAACACUUGCUGCAAGCGCGUAUUUCUUCUUCAGCCUGCAAACAUCCAUCUCAAGUGAACUUUUAAACAAAACUUUAAAUGUGCAAAAACUUUUUGGAAGAGGAAGACUUUUUUUAGAUCAAGCAAUACCAACACUCUCCUGCAGAAUACGGAUCAGGUUGUUUUUAAACAUCUCAAGAGAAAGCAACUGAUAAAAACUCUGUUUGUUUAAUUACCCAUUGGGUGACACCCAGGAGAGUUCAGAAAUAGCCCACGGCUAAAGGGAAAACCUGGGAUCCUUAAGAGUGAGGGUUGGAAUGGGAUUUGUUCCUCUCAGUUCCUGCAACUGUAUUUGAGGGGUCCCCGUGUGCUCCUCAGAAACAGAGAUGAUCAAUCCAGAUACUUAACACACCUUUAGCUCCUUCAGAUAGAACAUGUAAUUAUCCACAACCUGGCUCUUGCCUGCAGCCUCUGCCAUCUCUUCUGCUCCACCUCUGCCAAAUGAUGGUGCUCAGCAUGGCCGGGAUCCCGGGGCUCCUCUUCUUCCUUCUCCUCCUGCUCUGUGUCUUCGGGCACGUGAGUCCCUACGAAGCCUCCUGGAAGCCCACGUGGCCUGCUUACCGCCUCCCUGUUGUCCUGCCCCAGUCUACCCUCAACUUAGCUAAGCCAGACUUUGGGGCAAAAGCCAAACUGGAGGUGUCCUCCUCGUGUGGACCCCAGUGUCACAAAGGAACCCCACUGCCUACUUACGAAGAGGCCAAGCAGUACCUGUCUUACGAGACACUCUAUGCCAAUGGCAGCCGCACGGAGACUCACGUGGGCAUUUACAUCCUCAGCAGUGCUAGACCUGGCGCCCAGCACCGUGACUCGGGGCUGUCGAGAUCAUCUCGGAGGAAGCGGCAGAUCUAUGGCUAUGACAGCAGGUUCAGCAUUUUUGGGAAGGACUUCCUGCUCAACUACCCUUUCUCAACCUCGGUGAAGCUGUCCACCGGCUGCACUGGCACACUCGUGGCAGAGAAACAUGUCCUUACAGCUGCCCACUGCAUACACGAUGGGAAAACCUAUGUGAAGGGAACACAGAAACUUCGAGUGGGCUUCCUGAAGCCCAAGUUUAAAGACAGUGGUCGAGAGACUAACAGCUCGAACUCAGCUACCCCAGAGAAGAUGAAAUUUCAGUGGAUCCGGGUAAAACGCACCCACGUGCCCAAGGGUUGGAUCAAGGGCAAUGCCAAUGAUAUUGGCAUGGAUUAUGACUAUGCCCUCCUGGAACUGAAAAAGCCCCACAAGAGAAAGUUCAUGAAUAUUGGGGUGAGCCCUCCUGCUAAACAGCUACCAGGGGGCAGAAUCCACUUCUCUGGCUAUGACAAUGACCGCCCGGGCAACUUGGUGUAUCGUUUCUGUGACGUCAAAGAUGAGACCUAUGACCUGCUUUACCAGCAGUGUGACGCCCAGCCCGGGGCCAGUGGCUCAGGGGUCUACGUGAGGAUGUGGAAGAGGCAGCAGCAGAAGUGGGAGCGAAAAAUUAUUGGCAUUUUCUCAGGACACCAGUGGGUGGAUAUGAAUGGCUCUCCCCAGGAUUUCAAUGUGGCCGUUCGAAUCACCCCUCUCAAAUAUGCCCAGAUUUGCUACUGGAUUAAAGGAAACUACCUGGAUUGCAGGGAGGGGUGAUGUAGCGUUCCUCCUGGAAGCACUUAGUGACCUUUAUGUACUCACUGUAGCAGAGGCCAGAUGUUAUCAGUGGCCGUGUGCACGCAUGCACGUGUGUGUGACACUCAUGGUCCCCUUCCCUUUCUCAAAGUGCAAAAUGACUGACUUUAUUGUUUGAAAACUGCCUCAUGUAUCAUAGCAUGUAAGCAGUUUAAAAGCUUACUUUUCCACAGAAUUUUUAAAAAUACUGUUGUUUGGGGCAAUAGGAAAUACUUGGCAAUUAAGUUAAUGUUUCACUUUUUCAAGAACUUCGAUUUUUAUUUCACCUGAGCUUAUUUCAAAAGUUUAUAUUAAAUAAGUGGCAUACAGGACAUAUGAAUUCUUAUGUGCAUAUGUGUGUGAUCUCUUAGAUUUAUAUCUCGAUAUCUUUCAUGUCUGACGAAUGUUUCCAGAUGGCAGUGUUCCCACCACAUGCAACUUCUACAAACUGUCACAGAAUUUCUUAGCCAGGCAGUUGUAGCCUUUAGGAUUAGGAGCACUGGCAUGGUGGCCCUUGAACAGUAAUUUAUUGUCUCUGUUAAUACACACACCAAACUCCCAGUAAACAUGCUCACCAAACUGCUCUUGAUUUUGUAGUUUCUCUUCCAAAGACUGUUGCCCUGCUCUGUGAGGCCAUUGCAUGUGACUCUACCAACGUCACAGUCACACAGAGGAGACAGGAUCGUUUAUCCCAACUUUUCCACUUACUAAAAGCUCACUCGCAUUUCUAGAGCUAGCUGGUUUUCAAAAGACAGCGAUCAAGACCUAAGGAGAACAGACUGCGUUGCUCUGCAGCUAGCAGUUAUGGGCACAAGAAAAGCAAGCCCAGCAUUGUACCCCUGGAGCAUGCCCAUCUCGUUUUAUCACUUGGGCAGAGUAAUUUAAAAUGAAUUAAAUUCCAGAGAACACUGGAUGCCUUGCUGAGCAGAUGUCACAACAGAAGAACCACUUGUUUGAAGCCUGGCAUGGUCGCGCAGCCUAAUGAAAAUUAUUCUGCGUAGUCUUCUCUGUGUCCAGAGAGCUAUGCGGUUGUUUGAUUUGGAAACGUUCCCUCUCAUUGCACUUAUUUGAUAGUAAAGCUGCUUGCAAGCUGCCUUAAGAAGCACCAGUAUGCCUCUCUCUACCUGAGCUUUAAAAAGGCCCCCUUUUCUGGAAUGUCUUAGGCUACAGGCAUGGAUGUAAUCAAGUACCAGAGUAGAAGAUGAAGUUUUGAAAAAUGCAAAAUGGGUGAAGAUCAUGCACCCCAGCAAAUGUUUUAUCUAUAUAAUUAUCAUAGCAUAUAAAGAAAAGACUUGAAUUUAUUCCACGCCUUUCAGUGUCAGCCUAAGCACUUUUAAAUGUAAAGAGAAUAAAACAGCAAAUGAAAUACAAGACACAAUUUUGUGGGUUUGGACCCCGAGUAAUUUCAGCCUAUGUAGUGGCUGGGAAGAUAUUCAAGCUAUAGGACUGUCACUCAGACAGUCUGCUGGUGGCUUAAGGGCUUUUGCGCUUCUAGAAAGGGCAGUCCUGAUCCAGCUCAAGAUGUGUACAGCCACAUGCUCUCGUCCGUUUGCGUAAGAAAUACUAUGCAUAGCACAGAGACACAAAGCUGCCAGGAAUCUUCUGAGCUGCAGCACAUUUGCUUUGGAAUCCAACAGGAAUCUUGCCUGGGGAAGAAGAGAGCUCUCCGUUUCUGUCUAGAAUUUGGGGUUUUCUGUUUGCUUUUGCUUAGUGAAAAAAAGUGACUUCCAUUUCUUACAAAAUUAGAAAGUGGCACAAAAGCCGAAGUAAUAUCCAUGCUUGGUGCGUGAGAAGUCCCAGAAGCCCCGCUUGCUCUGUGUGUCAGCAUGUGGAGGCCUGUGGAAUUACAUACACAUGCGCUGCUCAGUGCUAAUAGAAGGUAGCAUGUGCUUAGACUAUCAGGGCCGUGGGGGCUGCACUCAGAAUACUAGUACAACUGGUGCCUUACGUGUACUGGUUAUGUAUACUGUAAGCAUAUGUUUCCAGCAAGGACAGGAAAGAAAUGUUUCCUUUGAUAUGUCGCAAGUGUUCCUCCUGACUUUCUAGCAAAAAUCAAAAGGGUGCUAUCCUCGGGUUGGAGGGAGAUGUCUCUGAGUAUUCCCUGUUUCUGUCCGGGGUUCACAUGCCUGUUUGCACAUGGAAAAUCCCAUAGUAAAGAGACUUGUUCAUGUUUUUAAAUGUGUAUCUCAAUAAAUAUCUCUGGCCACAGAGCCCCUGUCUUCUCCUGUAAUGUUUGUGAGCAGCGCAGCCUUCCAGCACAUUCUGCAACCUGCUUUAAUAGACUUGAGGACAUGGUGUGAGCCCACCUGAUGCAGAAGUGUGAGCCCAAGUGGUGUCAAGUGUCCGUGGCCGGGGGCUUUAGGAGACCCCAUAAGUGGGACUUAGGAAUGUUCAUGAAUGCAAACGUGAGGGUGAAGCUGAAAAUGGCUUGUUGGUGCGAUUCAGAAGGUUGUGGCAAAGUGGGAGACACAAUUUUUCCAAAGAAUUUUGAAUUUCAGGAAGCAGCUGGUGUAAAAGAAACUAGGAAAAUAGUACUAAAGAGGUAAAGAACCAUGAGCCGCUAGGAGACAGCCCUGUGUAGUGUGCAUUCUUUCCUUACAAAGUUAGACAAUGGCACGAAAGUCAAAAGGGGUCAGAAUGCUGACCCUUGGCUCGGCUCCUCCACUCCUCCUCAUUCACUGUUCCUGGCUCCAGCUGCCACCUCCCUGACAGUGGAAACCCCAGGGACACCUGUGUGACAUUUCAGAUGUGAUUUUUCUCUAGGAACCCUCCGUGGAAUCUUUAACUCAGAGCUGCUGUAGAGGCUAGGCCUCCUCGGGGCGAUCACUCUCCAGUACCAUCUGCUGACUGAAGGGCGAACGAUAGCUGUCUCGUGUCCAGAGGAAUUCGGCUGGCCGUGUGCACUCGGUCACCCAGGGCUGGGGAGCGGCUCCACUAAGAAGGCCCCUGCCCCGGCCUGGUGUCCUUGUUUUAGCUGGGUCCAGGUGCUACUCACAUCUGUGGUUUUUCUUCAUUUUCGUCAUACACAAAUCAAAGGUGCCUUGAGGUCAGCUCUGUCAAUUGAUUUCUGCAGCUGUUUGCUAGAAUUGCCAUUUAUUAUCCAGAGAGAAUGUUUUAGGACUGACCUAAAGGGGAUUCUAUCAACAAUGAGUCAGGGCAGUGGGCACAAGCCAGGUGCGUCCUGCCCACACAAGCAUGUUAGGUCAGCGAGGCGAUUAAACCCUUCCUGUGCAGACUGUGCACCCCACUGCAGCUCCCCGUGUCUCGGCUCUGGUGUCUCCAGGGCUCCCUCUGAGGCCUUCCUGACCUGGAUCAGCAUUCUGAGAUCCUGAAAUAGGAGCAGGCCAUUUAAAGAUCCUCUCAACAGGGCUAGAAUACACCAACGGGAAGCAUGGGGCCAUUCCUGGCAGAUGUGCAGCACGUUUGGUUUUAGUCUGGCAUUUCUUCCAAGAAGGAAAUAAGCUUUUGGACAGAGAUAAAGAAGACUGAAUGCUAAGAUGGCAGCUGGUGUGGGAAGGUGACACCGUCUCGGAGUCAGGACGUCUGAUGUCAUUGCUUCAUUUGACAAAUCCAUUUCAAUGAGAUUUGAUUGGAGACUUCAACCUUCAUACCUGAUUGGAAUAUCCUCCCUCUUCCAGUCCUCAUCUCCCCCAGUGGGCUGGGGUGGGGCAGAGGAGGAGAGAAAGGAUAAGCAUCUUCACCUGAUUGCUGUGAUUCUGUCCCCAUUGGUAGAAGCCACCGUGUGGGUGGCACCAACUCUUCUACCUUUCUCUUCUCCUAUCUGUGGUGAUACAACUUUCCGCCUCCUGCAGCUGGGGCAGCCUUUCCUAGAAGACAGCCCCCUUGGGUGGGGAGCCUGCCAGAUGCCUCAAGUCCAGCCGUCUUCUUCCAUCCCUGCACAAUCCAAGAGAAACUCACAGGCUUGGUACCCCGGGCUCAGAGAACUGAAGUGAAGGGCUGGGACCCCGUCAGGAUGAAAGUUGGACUGCU